CGUGGUGUCCGGCAUCUCAUCCCUACUAAAAUAUUAUAAUUCCAGCUAUAACAAAAUUGUUGUGGUUACUAUUAAGUGUCAAUCGACGCUGCGGAUUAUAAAAAUCGUUCACACAAGUCUGUCGUGUAUUUGCAACGAAGCAGAAUUGCCGGGUAGUCUCGACGAAGUACUUUUUCAAACAAACCUUAAUUAUAUAACGACAUAUACAGGUAGACAAUUUGAGAUACAUAGCCACAACGAUGGACAACGACGAAAAUUUCACGGUGCCCAGUUUGUUUAUGUCAUCAUACUACGCGUGUAACCAGGACCAGCUCAAUUCGUACUACCUACUGAACGUUCCUUUCGUAGAUCUGCAGUUGUGUUGUUGUUUGCUGUUUGAACUCCUCAAGCUGAACUCGAAAAACGAGAAUUUCAACCAAUUCGGCGACAGACGAAUGAUGUACAGCAAAGCGCAAGCCAUCGCUAGUGAUGUGAAAUUUGCAAACAUAUGUGAGAUAGCCAUGUUUCAAGGGCACAUACAAUGUCUAAUGUUCGCCCGCGAAAUCGGUUGCCCUUGGAAUGUAUCGACGACCGCAGCCGCGGCCACGGCCGGACACUUGGAUUGUCUUGUUUACGCGCACGACAAUGGUUGUCCUUGGGAUGAAUCGACUACCACGUCCGCUGCCAUGUUCGGUAAUCUUAACUGUCUCCGAUAUGCACUUGAAAAUGGGUGUCCGUGGGAAUUUCUAAUUUGCGCUGAGGCUGCGAAGUACGGACACCUAGAUUGUUUAAAGUAUCUGCACGAACACGAGUUUCCCUGGGACAGUUGGACCUGCACCAUAGCCGCGUACCGUGGACAACUCGAAUGUCUCAAAUACGCCCAUCAAAACGGGUGUACAUGGAACGAGUGGACGUGCUGCGCUUCCGCAGCAGGUGGAUUCAUCGAAUGUUUAAUGUAUGCACAUCAAAAUGGUUGUCAGUGGAAUGAACUCACGUUCAGCGGUGCCUUUUACUCAAAGAAUCAGGAGUGUAUGCAGUACGCAUGGGAUAACGGCUGUCCUUGUGAAGCUAUGACAUGUUCUGAGGGACCGGGAGACGAGUUCCUGGUUACUAUACCCGGAACAUUGCUGCAUUAUAAACCUUUAUAA